AUGCGAAAGUUGGAAUGGGACGACAUGGGAGUGAAGGUCGACGGUUGGCAGCUACACCAUUUGCGCUUCGCUGAUGACAUCGUACUGAUAACACUUAGUAUCAGCCAAGCGGAACGAAUGCUGACCGAAUUCGACGAAACAUGUGGAUGCAUCGGUCUUCAGCUGAAUCUACAAAAGACAAAAGAUGUUCAUGCGGAACGGAUAGGUCUCGGAUGCCCAUUCACGCUCAACGGAACGAACAUAUCCGAAUGCACCAGUUGCGUUUAUCCGGGUCGGGAAUUGAACAUGAUGAACGACCUGACCCCCGAGCUGGGCAUGAGGAGACGAGCGGCUUGGGGAGCGUACAAGAUCAUCGAGGAUAUAGUGAAGGAGACCAAGAACACCCGGCUCCAUGCUCACCUCUUCAACACCACCGUACUUCCUUCUUUGACUUCUGCUUCGGAAACCUGGGCAUUUCGCAAGCAGGAAGAAAACGCGGUGAGCGUCAUUGAACGCACAAUUGAGAGAGUGAUGCUAGGAGUAUCCCUUUUCACGCAAGUGAGGGACGGGAUUCGAAGUUCUCUCCUACGUCAGCGAUCGAAGAUUAGAGACGCCGCCGCGUUUGCCAAGGAAAGUAAAAUAAGCGCACUACAGGAAGACCGCCGACCCGAUGGCCAGAUUUCUUCACGAAGCCCUUCAAAGAAAAAUAUGAUGCUCUUCGUGACCCACGCGAAAGGAGGAACCACUGGGCUACUCUGGCACGCGAUCGGGACAAAUGGAAGAAUUACUGGCGCCCGCUCGACCAGUUCGAAGAUCAACGGGAGUCAAGGUCUUGGCAGCAUGUUGGCUUCUGUCAUGGGCGUUUGUACAGGAGUGACCACAUAUGCGGAGAACAUAGCGCUCAUCCACAUAACGAGAGUGGCAAGUCGUACAACAAUGCAAAUUGCCGGGCUGCUUCUAAUCCUUCUAGGUCUAUUUACUAAAAUGGCAGCUCUUCUCGCAUCCAUCCCUGAUGCAUUAAUAGGAGGUGUCCUUACGAUGGGCAUAUCAAUGAUAGCUGGCGUUGCGAUGAGUAACUUACAGCUUAUCGACUUGAAACUCACUCGCAACCUCUCCAUCUUGGGACUGUCGCUGAUGAUUGGUUUGAUAGUUCCACUACAUUUUGAAAGGUCGCCAUUCAUAUCAGGUAACAAGGAAUGGGAUCAGAUUGUUAACAUGCUGUUGAGUAUUAAAAUGCUUGUGGGAGGUGUAGUUGCCGUUGUUCUGGACAACACCGUGCCAGGAGCAACGUUACGCCAGCGUGGUCUACAGUCACUCGAGGAAGAUGAAAAAAUCACUAUUGAGCAACAAGAAGAAGAUGGUUAUGCGUUUCCAGAAUGCGUGAACAGGGUACUUCGAGCAUUUCCAUGCUUGCGACUACUGCCUUUCCUUCCUAGUCACCCGCCGCCAAAACCACCACCAUCAAGAGACCAGAGCAUAUCUGUUCCAUGUGAUGUCAUGUGA